ACAGCGCGCGCGCUCGGCGCUGGGAAAGAAAGCGGAAGUGCGACUAUUGCAUGAAGUUGGUCAUAUGAUCUUCCUGUCUGAUAUUAAAAAGAUGAAAGAUAGGGGAUACAACAGUGGCCUUUUGACUUUUCUCAUUCUGAUUGGUAGUUUAUUACAGUGUCAUUGUAAGCCACAUGGCUACAGGAGUAAAUCACUUGAAGAAGUAUCCAAGGAAUUAUCCGGUUAUUCUGGCAUUGCCCAGAAAAUCAUAGACCUGGCAGUGUAUGGCAAGGCUCAGAACCGCUCAUAUGAACGGCUUGCAUCUUUCACGGAUACAGUCGGAAACAGAGUAAGCGGGUCUAGGAAUCUGGACCUGGCUAUCAAGUACAUGUACAAUGCAUUGAGGCUGGAUGGACUGGAUAAUGUACAUCUAGAACCCGUGAAGAUCCCUCACUGGGUGAGGGGACAGGAAAGUGCAGUGAUGGUUCUUCCACGAAAUCACACUUUGUCGAUCCUCGGGUUGGGGAGCAGUGUUGGAACUCCCAAAGGAGGUAUUGAAGCUGAAGUGUUGGUGGUGGAGUCUUUUGAUGAGUUGAAAAGUCGGGCGAGUGAGGCUAAGGGGAAGAUUGUGGUGUAUAAUCAGCCUUUUGUUAGCUAUGGGGAGACGGUGGCAUACCGUGCUUCAGGAGCUUCAGAGGCAGCUAAAGUGGGAGCAGUGGCUUCACUCAUUCGCUCCAUCACUCCAUUUUCCAUCAACAGCCCACACACUGGGUGGCAGUGGUACCAGUCUGGUGUGCCUCAGAUCCCCACAGCCUGUAUCACAGUGGAAGAUGCCCAGAUGAUGGCACGGAUGGCGCGCCAAGGCACAAAAAUUGUGGUGCACUUAACUUUGGGGGCGCAGACUCUCGAAGAUGUGGACUCCUUCAACACAGUGGCUGAGAUAACAGGAAGUGAGCACCCAGAGCAAGUUGUUUUGCUGAGUGGUCAUCUGGACAGUUGGGAUGUAGGACAGGGGGCUAUGGAUGAUGGAGGUGGCGUGGCUAUUUCUUGGGAAGCCUUGUCUCUCAUCAAAGACCUGGGGCUGCGUCCUAAGAGGACACUGAGGGCUGUGCUGUGGUCUGCUGAGGAAGCAGGGGGAGUGGGAGCCAUGCAAUACUACCAACAGCACAAAGCAAACAUUUCAAACUUUAACCUGGUGAUGGAGUCUGAUAUGGGCACUUUUGCCCCUGUUGGACUACAGUUCACUGGCAGUGACAAAGCUAGAGCCAUCAUGAAGGAAGUAAUGAAACUGCUGGCACCCAUCAAUGUAACAUCCCUGGAGAAACAUGGAGAAGGAACUGAUAUAAACAUGUGGAUGCAGGCUGGAGUACCAGGUGCCAGCCUGCAUACAGCAGACAGCAAGUACUUCUGGUUCCACCACACUGAGGGUGACACGAUGACCGUGCAGAACCCAGCAGAGAUGAAUCUGUGUUCAGCUGUGUGGGCCGUGGUGUCGUAUGUUGUGGCAGACCUUGACGAAAUGCUUCCCAGAUAACAGUUUCUCAACUUUAUCAUUGAGCACUCCCUCUUGCCCACCAUAAACGAAAGAAUCUGACCAAAAGGAACGAGUUCAUGUAGGCUUUUGGAAUUUACAUUUAAUUUUCUCAACACAGAUUUUAUCUUCAGGCACUUCUCUAUGAAUGAUUUGUUGAAAACAUAAUGCAUGUUAAAAUCAGUAUGUACCACUAUGCCUCCCAUAAGCCACACCAUUCGACCUAAUCAGUUUGUUUGACCAAUUAAUUUUGAGCAGUAUGGGUUUGUUAAUUCCUGUAAAUAUUUAGCAUAAUAAAAAUGACACAAAUCUAGCCUGUCUAUGGCUUAUGUGAGGUAAAGUGCAGUUAUGUCUCAUAUGCUAUGAAAAGCACUACGGGUUUCUGCUAGAGACAUGAAUUGCAUCAAUUUAUUGAAUUUUACAUGAAAAUAUAGAGAAAAUUUGGUUUGUUGACCACAGGAGGCGAAUAAUUCUACGAACUGCGCUUUACUUUUCUACUGGGAAAAAACGACAACAAUUUUACAAUUCACAAUUCCAUAUUUAGACCUAUAAUUAUGUUGGUUGUCAUCAGGGCUGGUAUACAUUGAAAUAUGCGAUUUCUCGGAUUAAGUUGAUGCUUCUGUUUCUUACUAGGUUUGGUUACAGGAAACCACCUUUCAAAACAAGUCAAGCUAAUUGGGAAGAGAUUGAACUGCCAUUACUCGUGUGUUCAUACAUCCAGAACUACAUUUAGAAGUAUCCUAAUUUAGUUUGUUUAUAGUCCCCAAUGUUAACAUGAUAGAUUUCAGAAGGUGUGUUUUUUGUAUUUCACUCAUUCACAUCCAGUAACCGCUUUAUCCUGAUCAGGGUUGCGGUUGGUCCAAAGCCUAUCGCAGUAACAUUGGAUGCAAGGUGGAAACAUUCACCCCAGAUGGUAAGCUAGUCAAUUGCAGGGCACCCUUCUUUCUCUCUCUCUCUCUCUCUCACACACACACACACACACACACACAUUCACAUUCACAUUUGCAAUUCUUUUCACUGUGCCACCAUGCUGAGCACAAUCUGUUUUGAUAGGGUUUAUUAAUCAUAUCUUUUCCUGGUUUCUCUGGGUCUGUAGCACAAGGUGUCAGUUUGAUGACUUUGGGUUAUGCUUGUUAGUUGCAGGCAUUCUGCGAGAGGCAUGGCUUGUUUUCACCCGUGUUCACUGUUUCACAUUUCACUGUUUGUAUCACUCCGCUUGUUUGUGUUCGCUACAUAAAAUUCCAUUUCUAGUAAUAGUUCAUUACACUGAAACCAUUAUUACACUUACUAUGGGCUGUCACUCUGUGUGUUGGCAUAGCAACACACAAGUCAAUCCAGCUGUGGUUUCUUUGGGAACUAUUUUUGUUGAUGGAGCAAAAAGAAUAAAUGUAUUUUGGCUAUAAUUAUGUCUGAAAUGUCAGUUACUCUAUCUUUAUUUUUGUUUAUAGAACUGUUGUAGAAUAGCAAUAUCACACUUGCAGUUGAUUUCAACCCCAAAAAAGAAACUUGCUCUUGACCACUAUAAGAAAGAGAAGCAGCAGCAGUUCAUUUUAAAACUGAACCUAUGUUUUAUGGCACAGUUUUCAGUCUGAAUUAGAAACAAUGCUAACACAUUUGUUGAAAAUCAAAUUCUUAUACACAGUGCAUGUUUGAGCCCACCUUCUGUUAGUGAAAAUCCCUAAUUGUUGCAGAUUAGAAAAUUUCACUCUUUAUUGUUUCUCCUACACUACAGAGGGCGACAUGUAGAUGCCAGAUGUUAGUUUCAUUCACUUUGCCCGAAUUGAAUCAUACUUGUUCCUAACAGUGUUAUGUUCUGUUGACAUUCCCAGCCAAUCCAAGUGAAAGAAAGCAUGAACGUACUUUCAGUUUCUAAUCCUAAAAGCACUGGAUAUAUUGUUUGUAAAUCCAGCAGUAACACUGUAAUUACAAUGAGACUGUUCACAAAGAACAAGGAACGAUUCGUUGGGUUUGAAGAGUACUGAUCAUACACACCUGUUAAGUGGUGCUUGGGAAAUGGGAUAAAAAGGAGCAGUGUAACUUCAGUGAGAGUGAAGACCAAACUGCAAGAUCUUGUAUAUUUCAGACUGUUGACUUCAUUUGGAUCUAAAGGUCAGUUAAACUUUGUGUAAAAGCGUCUGAAUAUCAGUAAAUCUUUACUGGUCUGUUUAGUUUAUAGUCCCAUCCCACAUGUGGUGUAUACUGUACUUCUGUGUAGUCCAUCGGGCCAUUUCUAUUCAUGCAGUAAAUGUCAGUGUGUUUACAUGUGCAGCGAAUAUCAAAGAACAAAGUUAACUGAAGAUGGCAAAAAUACUUUCAACCAUUAAAUAACUUCCUUGAAGUUAGACAUUUGCUUUCACAUGCCCCUAUUGUUCUAUGUGAGAACUCCAGGAGAAUUACAUCAUCUGGUCAAUCGUACAUUGCCUUAGAUAUUAAAGUAUAAAGUUUUAUUUCCAUCAAUAAAUCGUAACCUUCUCUCCAAUGCACACUUCUGGGCCAUCUGGAAAAAACGACAAAUGUAAAUGUAAUAUUUCUGGUAUUUAGAGACAAUGAAAAUAGUUCAAAUGUGCCUAAGAAGACGACUGUCUUUAGGCCAAAUAAUGGAGUAAACUGCUCUCUGAUCAAAAAGCCAUUUCUCUUACUACAUAGUUGUGCCUUUUUGUGUGUUUCUUCUAUCAUCACACUGGAUUACAAUGAGAAGUGUAUAUUGCAUAAAUAGUAUGUUAGUUAUAGCAUUGUGGUUUCACAUGAUGUAUUUAUAGUUGACGUCCUGUAAAACACAUUUAUUAGUAUGGUUUGUGGAAAAUGAAUCCCAUAAGGCCAAGUUUUAAACUUGCCUUGAGAUCCACACAUUUUAUUAUCCUUCAUGUUGACAAAAGCAGAAGUGUUUUGAGGCAGCAAACAGGAAUUGAACCGUUCAGAAUGGCUAUUAAAGAAAGCAUCGAUUGGAUUAGGUUUCCACUCUGAGUGCUGUGAAUGUGCAACUCGCUAUGAGGGUUCUGGCCCUCAGAUAAAAUAUCCCAGCUUCAGUGUUUUGACAUGGUGGUGUGGAGAGAAGAAACAAAAUUGUACACUGCAGUCAGGCUGCCUAGAUAAAAUGUUUUAAUGCUGUAGAUCAAAAGCACCGACUAAUACUAAUAAGUUUAAACAGUGGAUGUGGAGCAGCCUUAGAGCCCCAUUCAGAGCAAAUGAAAAUGAAAGAGGCUUUCAAGGCUGAAAAAGCAGAAUGAAUAGAGAUCAAAUCCCCCGUUUCGACUUCACUGGAGUCAAGAUUCAGUAGGCACCAGUAGUUUAGACUCGGUAAAAACCCAGCUUAUCUGACUCAAAUACUAUUGUCAGACACAACAGAAAAUAAUUAAAAAGCUUUUAUUAUAGAGGACAUUUCAUGACUGACUUUACUUAUCAAAAAUGUUGUAUAUUUAUACUCUUAAACAAGUUGAUUUUGUGCAUUAAUAAUUUACCUUCAUAUACAUUUCCAUGUACCUAACCCUGACCUUGAUGCAUGCUAUUUUUGAUAAACUGCAAGCAACAAUACUAUAGUAUUGACAUUUAAGGUAAAAUUAGUUAUUGUCUAACAUUGGGAAGAAAGUGUGGACUGAAAAAAAAAAAUGAAUAAAAAUGCUCACUACUUUCC